AUGGAUAGGCAUCCCAAGCGAAGAGCUCAAAUGACAUUCAAGACAAGUGAACAAAGUAAAAACAAAGAUGACAGUAAGAAAAAUACCAACGAAAGCGAGGGCCCUGCAUCUUCAACAGAGAAGCAUCGAGGUGAUGGAGAACAGAAGAGACCGGUGGGUAGGCCUAAAGGUAGUGGAAGUUCUGGAAAUAGUGAAGCUGUUCAGGUUAGGCCUAAAGUUAUUUUCAAAGCUGAUAAAUGUGGUGGUGAUGGGUAUCUAAUGGCCACAACUUCAACACACCUCAAGGAAGCCAUUCAAGGUCGACCAGUUACAUUUGAAAAGGAGAGAGCACCAUCAUCAGUCAAUAAACAGAGUAAAGCCACAUCUGAUCAUCCCAUGAACUCUCAAGUGCAGGUCAUCAAGGAGGAGAUCAUCACACCUGCUCCAGGUCAGGCCAAGGUCAAGGUAAAAGUUGUCCAAGAACCAACAACGCAUCGUCAAGGAUGUCCACCUGCGGCUCCCACUAUAGACUUCUCCAAACCGAUCCAUGUUGUCCACGAAAAAACCUUCACAGUAUUGGAUGGUAAAGCCAUAACGCUCAGCAAAGUUCCAUACCCAUCACCUGUUCAUGUGAAUGUUCAGCCACUUCCAGUAAAGAAGGUGAACACUAGAGGGACGAAUCUCACCAUGCCACCAUCAGAAGCAGGUAUCAAUACAAGCUUACCUAAAUUGUACAUACGAAUUGAAGUUUUUAAAUACUUUUCAGCACAUCAUUGUCACAUAUUGAGUUCAUGCACAAUCCAAUAAUCUACAGUGAGGGAAAAAAGUAUUUGAUCCCCUGCUGAUUUUGUACGUUUGCCCACUGACAAAGAAAUGAUCAGUCUAUAAUUUUAAUGGUAGGUUUAUUUGAACAGUGAGAGACAGAAAAACAACAAAAAAAUCCAGAAAAAAGCAUGUCAAAAAUGUUAUAAAUAGAAUUGCAUAUUAAUGAGGGAAAUAAGUAUUUGACCCCCUCUCAAUCAGAAAGAUUUCUGGCUCCCAGGUGUCUUUUAUACAGGUAACGAGCUGAGAUUAGGAGCACACUCUUAAAGGGAGUGCUCCUAAUCUCAGCUUGUUACCUGUAUAAAAGACAGAUGUCCACAGAAGCAAUCAAUCAAUCAGAUUCCAAACUCUCCACCAUGGCCAAGACCAAAGAGCUCUCCAAGGAUGUCAGGGACAAGAUUGUAGACCUACACAAGACUGGAAUGGGCUACAAGACCAUCGCCAAGCAGCUUGGUGAGAAGGUGACAACAGUUGGUGCGAUUAUUCGCAAAAUGGAAGAAACACAAAAUAACUGUCAAUCUCCCUCGGCCUGGGGCUCCAUGCAAGAUCCCACCUCGUGGAGUUGCAAUGAUCAUGAGAACGGUGAGGAAUCAGCCCAGAACUACACGGGAGGAUCUUGUCAAUGAUCUCAAUGCAGCGGGGACCAUAGUCACCAAGAAAACAAUUGGUAACACACUACGCCGUGAAGGACUGAAAUCCUGCAGCGCCCGCAAGGUCCCCCUGCUCAAGAAAGCACAUAUACAGGCCCGUCUGAAAUUUGCCAAUGAACAUCUGAAUGAUUCAGAGGAGAACUGGGUGAAAGUGUUGUGGUCAGAUGAGACCAAAAUCGAGCUCUUUGCCAUCAACUCAACUCGCCGUGUUUGGAGGAGGAGGAAUGAUGCCUAUGACCCCAAGAACACCAUCCCCACCGUCAAACAUGGAGGUGGAAACAUUAUGCUUUGGGGGUGUUUUUCUGCUAAGGGGACAGGACAACUUCACCGCAUCAAAGGGACGAUGGACGGGGCCAUGUACCGUCAAAUCUUGGGUGAGAACCUCCUUCCCUCAGCCAGGGCAUUGAAAAUAAGUUGUGGAUGGGUAUUCCAGCAUGACAAUGACCCAAAACACACGACCAAGGCAACAAAGGAGUGGCUCAAGAAGAAGCACAUUAAGGUCCUGGAGUGGCCUAGCCAGUCUCCAGACCUUAAUCCCAUAGAAAAUCUGUGGAGGGAGCUGAAGGUUGAAGUUGCCAAAUGUCAGCCUCGAAACCUUAAUAACUUGGAGAAGAUCUGCAAAGAGGAGUGGGACAAAAUCCCUCCUGAGAUGUGUGCAAACCUGGUGGCCAACUACAAGAAACGUCUGACCUCUGUGAUUGCCAACAAGGGUUUUGCCACCAAGUACUAAGUCAUGUUUUGCAGAGGGGUCAAAUACUUAUUUCCCUCAUUAAAAUGCAAAUCAAUUUAUAACAUUUUUGACAUGCGUUUUUCUGGAUUUUGUUGUUGUUAUUCUGUCUCUCACUGUUCAAAUAAACCUACCAUUAAAAUUAUAUAGACUGAUCAUGUCUUUGUCAGUGGGCAAACGUACAAAAUCAGCAGGGGAUCAAAUACUUUUUUCCCUCACUGUAUGUGAACAUUUUCCUUCUAGAAAAUCUGGAAGUAACACGGAGUGUAGACAGAAAUGGCUAUAUCAAAAGGCCUAUGAAUGCGUUCAUGGUCUGGGCGAGAAUCCACAGACCUGCCCUGUCCAAGGCCAACCCAACAGCCAACAACGCAGACGUCAGUGUGCAGCUAGGAGCAGAGUGGAGCAAGCUCACUGAGGAAGAGAAGAGGCCCUACUAUGAGGAAGCACGUCAACUCAAAGACAAGCACAUACAUGAGUUCCCUGGUAAGCAUAGUGCAGGUUGCCUACUCACUCACACCAUUCAAGUCCAUUUAAACGUAUAAUUAUUGUUUCAUAUAUUUAUCAUAUUUCAAAAUUCAUAUAACUGACACUUUAUGAUCUUUACUUACUUUUCAAGUGUUUGUUCACAAUCUUUACCCAUAAUCAUCACAGGUUGGAUCUAUCAGCCCAGACCUGGAAAAAGAAAGGGCUACCCUUCUGUGAUGUCCUUCGCCCCUCAACCAUCCUGCAGCUCUGCAGGUACAAGUGUUCCUGGGGCUGAGUCUUGUCCCAUGACCAUGGCCAUGGCCACCACUACCACCAGCUCCUCUGUUGCAAACACACGGGCCACAGGUAAAGCAAUAGCUCACUAUCUGGCAAUCCCUCACCAGACACACUUUCAUUUAGUGCACAAGUAUAAGAAGCUAAGAACAUACAGAUGUUAGUCUCUCCAUACAACAGACACAUACUACAAAAACAUACUUCUAUCAACAUGGGAAAUCUAAAACUACAGUUAAUGUUUUAAUAGAGAUGGAAGGCAGUAGCUGCUAUAACAGUAAGCUGGAAUAAGACAUGGUAGUAUAAAGCUUAAUACAGUAUUUGUUUUGGUUUUGUCUUCCUAAGGCUCUAAUGACCAUGGUGUCCAGGGUGCUACAGUGGCAGCUCCAAAUGCCUCUCAGAGUACCAGCCCAGUCUCCAUAUUCUUCCAGACUACUGCCUGCCCACAUCCCCACCCAACAGCCACUACCUCUGGUGCUAAGCCUGCAGAACGCAAGCGUGAAGCCAGACACUGUGGCAGCAACCUUGAAGAAGCUCCCAAACCCAGGAAAAUCAGCAGUCAACAGGCGUACUACAAUUCUGCCAGUGAGAUUCCCUCUACAAUCAUGCCAUCCAGCUCCAGAGGUCUCCAAAUACCACUCUCUAACCUGGCUUACCCACACAUGUAUCCUCCAUCUCCCAUGCAACACCCGGUGGGCCUCUUCCCCACCCCUUGCUUCCCCUUUGCUCCGCCCUUCUUCAUGCCUGGACCCCAGUUUUAUCCAACAGGGUAAGCAAUGCAUGCUGUUUCAUGUUGAAUACCAAUUUUGUACUAUGUAGGUAUGCUGUUUGAUCUUUUAUAAUUGUGCAGGUUAGUGGUGAAAAUUGAACUAUGGUCAUUUGAAACGUCAUCAUCCUGGGAUUGGCUUUUUUUCAGAUCAUACCCUUACCCACAUGGCCCAUACUCCUACCCAGUUCUCCAACCCCAGGAGUUCUCAAACCCCAUGGCUACUCCUAUGUCUACUCCGGGCUACCCCUAUGAUGACAACUACGAUCAGCAUGAGUCCACGUUCUCCCUUCUCAACAGAGACUACCCGUUUCGGCAGAGAGGGGAGGGCGGGCAGAGAUGUCAAGGUCAAGGGCAGGCCCCCACUACCUCUGAGCUCCUGGGUUCGGUCCCACCACUGGAUGUGCGUGCCCUGGAGAAUGUCUUCACCAACUCUGCGCCAGAGAACCCUGCCAGUGUCCAAGAGGUCCAAGUCACCAAUGAGGAGGACGGGGAAGAGGUGCGCGUGAUGAGAAUUCUCUAG